AUGCUUUUGUUAACUUGCUUCGCUCGAUCUCUCAAGAAUUCAGAUCCCCUCAUCACGCAGGAGAUUGUUGAUGCAAUUAAUAAUGAUCCUAAUGCACCAUUCAAAGCAAAACUUUAUCCAAAGUUUGCAAAGAUGACUGUUGGUGAUGCAAGGCGUUUCUUGUCACCAGUUCGCCCUCCACCACAAAAUCAAGGUUCAGCUGUUCCAGUUGGUGCUAACGAAGAAUUUUUCAACUGGGUGGAUAAAAACUACAUUACAGGGCUCACAAACGUUGCUGCUUAUCCAAAUGAUGUUAAUGCUUCUAAUCAAAAUUCAAAGAAUUAUUCAGGAACCCAACCAGGCAGAUCUAUUUAUCCUCACGUCGAGAAAGUUAAGUUCCCGGUUUUUGAUGUUACAAAGUUAUGCAGCUCUUGGGCACCAGCAGUUACAUCUGCAAUGACAAUCUCUGUUUCACGCUGGGCCGGCGAAUUUGUCAACUUCUCUCUUCAGUACGUUCUUGACUGUGACAUACUUGGCGAUUCUUGCGUUGAACGUACUCCACUUAAUGCAUACCAACUCUUCUGGACAUAUCAUCCACCAGACUUCGAUAGCUGGGAUAAACCAGGCGAUGAACACUCAGAAAGAACUUCAUAUAUGCAAGCACCACGUUCUGAUUUCAAUAGAGAAAACUGUGCUGACAACAGGUGCUAUCCAGGUUUGACAAACUGCAAGCGUCACUGGGCACUUACUGGUAGUUGCAAUCCAGGUGAUGCAGAAACAGGUUGUCCAAUCUACUUCCUUUACAACUGGCGCUGGAUCAAAUCUCAUCUUUGGGAAGUUGGUGCUGUUACUUCUUCUAUCACUGUUUACAGAUCUCUCUUUACAUACAACGGAUCUGUUUACUCAGGCUACUUCAAACCUGAUACAGGAGACACAGUUGUUGGUAAUAACACAGGAUGGGGUCAAAUUCUUGGUAUGCUAGAUGUAACGAUUGUUGGUUGGGGCCAGACAAAGCUUAAUCUCUCUACUGACAGUUCUUUAAACACUCAGAGUCUUCAGCGUUGGUGGUGGGUCAUUCCACACUUUGGAAGUGAUUUCGGCAUUCAUUACGAUUUUUGUAAAGGUGAUACAAAUUGCAAGACAAACAAAACUGCAAUUUCCCACGAAAAUGAUCAAAUCAAGUUAGCCAGCGACUCAGGCCAACUUUAUAUCACAGGUCUUACAGAUGAUUGGCAAGAUGGUACCACAAACAAAAAAGGUUUCAUGCAAUUCAAUCGCAGAUUUGACGACUGCAACAUUGAAUCACAAGCAGUUGGUGCUGUUCCAUAUAACUUUGUUCCACUUCCACACAGAACACCAUCUCCAACAGAAGAUGAAUCAUCUGGUAAUUAA